AUGAGAGCAGCGAAGGGGACCCACACAGGCCAUUUCCCGCCGCGUCCUCAGCCCACGCGGGCGAACUACCGCGGAGGAACGCACAGCUCAGAUCCUAGCAGCUUACAAGAACAACCUUUUAAAAAUGGAACCUUCAAGCGGAGGAGUGCACCGCCGCUAGGAUCCGGGGGGAGGAUCCUACCGCGGCCCGGACUUACGGAUGCAGUACACUGCUGCCAGGAUCUUGUCUGUGUAGGGCAGCGCGGCCGGGACCUCAGCCUGCAGCACACCGCUGCCAGGAUCUCGUCGGCUGAGGGUUCCGCAGUCCGGACCCCGCCCCGUGCGCGUCCCCGGCGUUGGCGUCGUCUUCCUGGUGCUGGUCUGCGUCCGGUCGCCGGUCGCCUUGGUCUCCGGCCCUCCCCAGACGCUCCCGCACCCUUGGCGACCCCGCCGUCCGCAGCCCUGGCGCUCCCUGCGGGCCCCGCCGAGGCCGCCUGCGCCCUGUGCCAGCGCGCGCCCCGGGAGCCGGUGCGCGCCGACUGCGGCCACCGUUUCUGUCGGGCGUGCGUGGUGCGCUUCUGGGCCGAGGAGGACGGGCCCUUCCCGUGCCCCGAGUGCGCCGACGACUGCUGGCAGCGCGCCGUGGAGCCCGGCCGGCCCCCGCUCAGCCGCCGCCUUCUGGCGCUCGAGGAGGCGGCCGCGGCGCCCGCGCGCGACGGCCCGGCCAGCGAGGCCGCGCUGCAGCUGCUGUGCCGCGCUGACGCCGGCCCGCUCUGCGCCGCCUGCCGCAUGGCUGCAGGCCCCGAGCCACCCGAGUGGGAGCCGCGCUGGAGGAAGGCGCUGCGCGGCAAGGAGAACAAGGGGUCUGUGGAAAUCAUGAGAAAAGACUUGAAUGACGCCCGGGACCUGCAUGGCCAGGCGGAGUCAGCAGCUGCAGUGUGGAAGGGACACGUGAUGGACCGUAGGAAGAAGGCACUGACUGACUACAAGAAGCUGCGGGCCUUCUUUGUGGAGGAGGAGGAGCACUUCCUGCAGGAGGCUGAGAAGGAGGAGGGGCUCCCUGAGGACGAGCUGACUGACCCCACUGAGCGGUUCAGGUCACUGCUGCAGGCGGUGUCGGAGCUGGAGAAGAAGCACCGGAACCUGGGCCUCAGCAUGCUGCUGCAGUGAUGGCGCCAACCGGCGGCAGUCCCAGAGCUGGAGGCAGGAGGGAAUGGAUCCUCAUCUCCCUGGGAAGUGUUGGCGUGUGGCUGUCAGGGAAGCAUGGAAGGCGCCCGGCCUUGGGUCCGUCUAUAUAGUUGUGUGUUUCAACAAUGUCCCUUUAUCCUUCACCCUGAGGCGUGAGUGUUUUGGGGGCUACAAACACCUCCCGGUAGAGGCUGGACCUGAGGACCCUUCCAACCUGUGCCCGACCCUUCCUGAAGUCCUGGCCACAGCGCAUCUUUCAUGAGUCCUGGCAGCUCUGGGCCAUGCGCUUCCUCGGUCACCCAUCUGCCCCUCACCUUGUCAUCCAGGGACCCAGACCUUGCACCUUCCAUGCGGGCCCACAGAUCCUUGGCAGGUACCUGAGGUGCACCAUUGAGUGUCGAAUUUGGGGUUAGCAUCUAGAAAGAAGAACGCACAUGAGACUCUGUGAAGGCUGGAACUCAGGUCUUCAGGGAAGAGAAAGGAAGACUGGAUUGCACCUUGAUGCCUCCUGAGGAGGCGGCCCUCCUCUUGAGGUGGGCGUGCGCCCCGCCCAGCCUUAUCUGCGUCGGUCUGUCCACCUCCCCCUUCCUGGCCCCCACCCUGCCUCUGUGUCUCCCAGAAGGCCUCCCUGUGCUCCACCUGCCUCCGCAGAAGGAACUCUCUUUCUCCCUUUACCUGGGUGAGGGGGCUGGCAGGUGGCUAACCCCAUUUAGCAUCUCCAGGCCCUGCCAUGGUGUCUCAUCUUGCUGUUCUCUCUGGCUCUUUCUGUCGUCCCAUUUCCUUUAGUAGUUGAAUUUUACAAAGCUCAUAGCAGUAGCUCAGUUGCCUGCAGCAUCCUUGUGUGUAGAUAAAUUAGUGUAGUCGACAGAAACUCAGCACUGGGGACAGGAUUGCAAAGUCGGGGACAUAGAUGCAGGCAGAUGUUGAAAUUUGGGUAUAGCUGGGCUUGUGAGCAGUGCCUGUUUCCAGAUGAAGCCUUUCAGCCUUUCCGAGUCCCUGGCCUUUGGUGCGAUGUCUGUGAGUUUGACCUACCCAGCGUGUGGGCUGGUUCAAUGUUGAAUAAAGUGAGUUUGUGUCAGCU